AAUUACAAAGCUCACAAUAUAAAUAGACUUAAAUUUAACAUUAUCAAUGUCCACUCUCCAGGUCAUACUUCUUCAACUUCAAGGUUUGCAACUUCAUCUUCUCUGCAUUAUUAAUUGUUCUUCCUCUUAGAAAGAUUCUUUUUUUCUUGUUUUGCUAUGUGAUUGCAGAUUACACAUGGAUCCACAAAUUCAAACCAACUCGAUCAUGUUUAAAGACUAGGAUACAAACAAAAGAUACAAACAAUGAAACAAUACACGUACCACUUUGAUGGCAGUGCACCAUAAACACUCUGUCAAUUCUUUUUCAAUUUUGAAGAAUUAAAGAUAAAGAAAUAUUUUUUACUCAAUAUUGCUAUUACAUUAAUGACUUUAAUAAACUACAGUAGAUUACUUGGUAUUUCCAGUUUACUUUUCAAAUCUCUUUUGAAGACUUUAAAAACUAUGAAUGGUGCAUUAGAAAUUAGAAUUAUGAUACUUUUUUAAAUAGAUGAAGGGUGUUUCUUAUGAAAAAGCCGUGUUAUUUUUUAGUUUAAGAUUCAAGGCUCAAAUGAAUCCAUUACAAUUAAGCUUUUUAUUCUAAAUGAUUUUUUUAUUAGUCAAUUGUCUUACAUAAGACAGUGUAAAAAUUACCUUUGAAAAAUAAUGAAGAGUAUUUUCCAAAUAACGAGUUUUGAUAAAUAGUCCUUGAAAUAGCUAUUCAUAGUGCAAGUUUAAAUAAAUUUAUAUAAAUCCAGUGAAUAAUUUUGAGUUGAGAAGACAAACACAGUGUCUAAUGUCUGGAUUACCUUUAUGAUUGACAUGAACAUAUGCGUCUCAGAAUGAACCUACAAACCAAAAAAUGACAUUAGUUUCAAUUAGAAAUUUCAUUUACAAUUAAAAAAAUCUUUGGAGUAAAAACGUGUGGAUUCAUAGCCCUUAUUGUCAAUAAAUAGUUUCUGCUACUUUCAUAUUAAGUCUGUUUAUAUAGCAUGUGCGUUUAUUUUAGAUUUAUACAAAAAAACAUAUCUAGAUUUGCAUGUCAAAUUAUACCUUAUUAAAUGGUUAAACAAAUUUGAAGAUAGGUGGAUGAAGUUUCUGAGGAAUUUUUGUAAGAACAUACUAAAAUCCAGAAAUUUUGAUAAACUAAGAAAAAACAGAUCUAAGAAAAACUCAGGAAAAUUUAGAACAAGGGGAUAUAUAAACAUAAAAAUACUAAACAUCAAAAGAAAAUCAGUAUUUCGAAGUGGAAGAAAUGGAACACUACGCCUACCUCCGGCAGUCGUUUCCCGGCGUGCACCUCCGACAAGUUACCGGGGCAAGAAAUGGAUGGUCACGAGCGAUGGUGUACCGGCGCAAUUAAGAGGUGGAUUCGGCUGUCGUUUCUAUUCUUUGAUGGAGAACUCUAGAGAGAGAGAGAGAUAAAGCUGAAGAGUUUAGUUGGUCGGCCAAACUGAGAGGAAAAUGAGAUCACGGCCGAACUGAGAGGAAAACUCUAGAGAACCAGAGAAAAAUGGAAAACUCUAGAGAGAGAUAAAGCUAGAGAAUUUGGGAUGUGAGAAGAUUACUGAGAGGAAAAUGGGUUGUCACGAUAGGUAGGGUAAAAAAGUGAAGCCCAAAUUCAAAGAGUCCAUUAAUAUUUUAAUGGUUCAUACUAUCAGAAAAUGUUAUUUCAAUCAAAAAAUUUACACUAAUUUUUUCAUUAUAAACUAUUACUCUAGCAUUAUACUAGCACAAUAUAUUGGUGCAUGUUUUCAAAGUACAAAAAAAAAAGUUUCACAAAAAAAGGUAUUAUGAAUUAAAAACUUUUUGGACAAGAAAUCUUUGGAUCUAGUGAAACACAACCCAGUCCGAUGCCCUAAACCAGACACGCCAAUUAGACCUGACCAGUGACCUGCAUCAGCAUCAUUGAAGAGAUUCCAUUGUGCACCAGGAAGAGGGAGACGAGAAUGAAGAGAGCCUCCGCGAUACUCCGUUAUUUAAUCGGCUCUGCACCGUGCCUCACUCCUCGAUCUUCUGCACUGAUGGUGUCCUCCGUCGCCACCGUUUCAUACUCCACCGUUGCUCUCGCCGAUAUUUCCCAACCACUUUUCAAUUCUACAAUUAGUCCUACUUUCUCUGUCAACGUACAAUCGCCGCGAUUCAACAACCAUUUCCGUAGUUUUUCGUCUCCAUCUUCCGCAGGUCCAUCAAAUAUUGUUUCAAUUGAGUCUGAAGAACAGUUUAAUACUUCACUUCGCAAGGUUCAAGAUGAAUCUCUGCCAGCAAUAUUCUACUUCACUGCUGCUUGGUGCGGGCCAUGUAAAUUGUUGUCUCCUGCAAUUUCAGAAUUAAGUGAGAAAUAUCCCCAUGUUACAACAUAUAAAGUUGACAUUGAUAAGGAGCUUGGGGGUGCAUUGACCAAAUUGAAAAUUUUCUCUGUGCCGACUGUACAGUUCUUCCACAAUGGUAAAAAGGACUCUGAAUUUGUCGGAGUUGAUGUUCAACGGUUGAAAGAUACAAUGGAGAGACUCUAUAAAUGUUGAAGCACGGUGAUGGGGCUACAAGACAUGAACCAGAAGAACAUUUAGAGUGUUUUUGUCAUAUUGUUUGUUUUAUUAUUUAAGUUCCAUGGCGUUUUAGUGACUAAUAAAACAAAGGAUGAUUGUUAUUAGCUUUUGGGAACAAUUUUUGUGAUUAGCAUUAGAAUUUGGAAUACAUAUUUAAUGCUGCAUAUUAAAUAUUAGAAAUGCCAAAGCUCAAUGUUCGU